CUAAAAUAAAGGAAUGUGCUUGGUACGCGAGAGGCUUUUGUAUUUUAGGUCCACAUUGUAGACAUAAACAUGUACGAAAAGUUGUAUGUCAGUUGUACUUGAGUGGUUUCUGCCCAAAAGGGUCAGAUUGUCCUAAUGGACAUCCAAAAUAUGAAUUACCUACAGUACAGCGUGAUCAUGAUGGACUUGAAGAUGAAGGAAUUCAAAAAUAUUCUAUGGAAAAUGAAGAAAAUCAAAGAAUGGGACAACAACAGCAACAAACGCCGCCACAACAGCAACACCAACAACACCAACAACAUCAACAACAUCAACAACAUCAUCAACAGCACCAACAGCACCAACAGCAUCAACAUCAACAGCAUCAACAUCAACAACAUCAACAACAUCAACAACAUCAACAACAUCAACAACAUCAACAACAUCAACAACAACAUCAUCAACAUCAACAGCAACAUCACAAUUACCGAUCUUUAUCUGAAGUAACGUGUUUCAAGUGUGGAGAGAAAGGACAUUUCGCUAACAGAUGUCCAAGAGGACAAGGAAACCGUUAUUAAUUAGGUGGAUAAAAAAAUAAUUAUGUAGUCUAUUCAACAUAGGUAAAAAACAAAGAAAAACAUAUGCGUAUUCGUAGUGUAAAUGAUUUUAUUGUUUUUAUUGUUUGGUUGUUUUAUUUUUAAAUUAGCGAAAUAAAAUAUAUUAUUUAUUAGUUGUGAUAUCACUGGCUAUUAUCAAGAAAAUCUAAUCUUACAAAUAGCCUAUUAAUAUGUAAAUUAAUACUUUCAAUUUAUAAUAAAGAAAUUUUAGAGAUUA